CACUUCGUGGCGCAACGGCGGGGAGCGAUCAGGAGCGAUCAUAUGUUUCUUUCAAAACACGGGUGUUUCCAUACACACACACGCGGAAAACAAUGAAAGGCAAUAGUACGCUCCUUCAAACAUUCUUUUCUUUCGUAGUCAUCACUAACAGUGAUGUCCGCGAUUUUAUUGCACGAACGUGAUUAGGAAAAAUCGUGAUUAGAAAAAAUUAGAAACAAUUAAGUUCUAACCUGAAAGGAAUGGAAGUCGACGAUUCGCGCGAAUACGACCGGAAAAUUGUCUCCUUCAGAGACCUCGGUAGAUUUAAAUUAGCGGAGAGAAGAUACGACGAUGAUUCUCUCAAUAUAUACACAGCGAGGCUGAAUGAUUUGCGGGAGGAUACAUUGCGGAGAGCGAAACAGAAAUGGACCGACCAUCCACACGUCGAGGUUUCACGUCUGACCCUGGAAAGCCCGGGAAAGCCUUACAUUUUGGUAGGAGUGCUCUACAAGGAUCAGAAGCUGAAACCUUCCUUGCUGCGCGACCUCAGCAAGGAGCUGCAGCUGGAGGCUCAGCCGAGCAACAAUUACGCGUCCGUCGACGACAAAUUAUUUCUGGAGGAUGAAACGUUGCGCAUAAGAUUGGUAGGGAAUCACGUGGAUACGCGGGAAGUGGUCACGGGCCUCGUCUGCGCGGUACUCGGCCGUGAAUUGGACAACGGCACAUUUUGGGUGGAGGAUUGGUGUUUUCCAGGGUACUGCCCGAAGCCUUCCGGCUCGAGCGGUAGAACGUUGGUGGAACACGGGAAAAUCCUGCUAGUAUCUGGAUUAGAUUUGGUUAACAACACGGAUGGGCUUAGCUUGGAUUUACUCUCGGAAUGGAUAACCGGAAUGGCGGGAUGUUCCAAUGCGCAAAAAGAGGAAGCGGUAAUUACGAGAGUCAUUAUCGCUGGAAACGCCGUUCGCGGUUCUGCGAAAAUAUUCAACCAUAAAGGCUAUCACGAGAUCAAGUCGCACGAUCAGCUCAAGAUCAAGGAAGACUUAAUGGCGAUGCACAAGCUCGACGCUUUCCUCAGCGAUAUCCUCAACUGCUGCUGCGUCGUCCUGAUGCCGGGGGAGUUUGAUCCCACUUGCAACAGCAGCAUGCCCCAGCAACCCUUCCAUCCGUGCACUUUACAGAAGUCGGCCAGGUUUAAAAGCAUGCACGGCGCGACUAAUCCUUGGAUCGCAAAUAUCGGAGGUCGUGUCGUAGCCGGCUCUUGCGGCGGGCCAAUCGUGGAUAUCAUGAAAAUCGCUGGAUUAUCCGAGCUGUCGCCGUUGGAAUGGUUGGGGCGUACCUUGAUCUGGAGGCAUUACGCUCCAACCGGUCCCGACACGCUGCCGAUUUAUCCGUUCUUCAAAAACGAUCCGUUCGUUAUGAACGAACUGCCGGACAUAUAUUUCGCUGGAAAUAUGGAUGAAUACGAUACAAAAUUAGUCACAGCUGACGAGGGGCAUGCGGUGCGAUUAAUAUGCGUUCCGAAGUUCUCGGAAACAAAAACAGCGGUGCUAGUCAAUUUACAAGACCUGACGACACAGCUUAUUUCAUUCGGCGAUGGUCUGACAUAAUUAAUUGUAUUAUAUAGAAAGUAAAAUAAUUGUUUACAAUUGUGCAUAAUAAUUGUAUCAUUUGUCAUUGCAAUGAAGCAUUCGAAUAAUUCAAUGUCUCCACAUAAGGAGUCUAGAAGAUUAAUCUAAAACUUUGAUUCAAGUCUUUUAAAUA